AAAAAAAAAAAAAAAAAAAAAAAACAGAAAAACAGAAAAAUGAUUGAUAAAAAUAGUAAUAUGUUGAGAACUCAUUCAGAGAAUACAUUUAAGGAAUCAGAACAAAUUAAAGAAUCGAUGUCUAUUAACUCAGGAAUUUCAGAAAUGACCGAGAAGCCCAAGCCUGCAGACCUCAUUAAAAUCCAUCGAGGCCUAUAUCAACACUGGGCGCUCUAUACUGGAGAUGGCAAUGUCAUUCAUUUAGCCCCAACCUCUGAGCACGCUGAUGCCGGGGUAAGCAGUGUGAAGUCAGUAGUACACUCCGAGGCGACAGUGAAGAAAGAAAAACUGCAGGAUGUGGUCGGCAACAAUAAGUACCAUACCCACAAUGUCUUGGAUAAGCAAUGUCCUCCACUUUACACUCCAGAUAUACUACAGAAAGCAGAGAACCUUGUGGGGAAGGUACUUCCAUACAAUCUGGAAACACAUAACUGUGAACACUUUGUUACGGGCUUGAGAUACGGAACACCCAAAUCCCAGCAGGUGCGAAAUGGUUUUGCAGUUGUUGCAGUUAUUGGUCUUAUAUUGGUCGGCUUUUUUUUUUGUGUAAAACUAGAAAGUAAAGUAUCGAACUGUUUUGGUUUUGUUUGCUUUUUUUUUGCCAUUUUUAUAUGUAUUUUCCACAUACUCACAAUGCCUAAUUGAUUAGGCCAUUGAAUUAAUAGGAUAUUGUCAUCAAUUAAUGUAGCGUAAUGUAGUUCCUGUAGCUCAAUUGGUAGAGCACUGCGUAAGCAAGUGCAAGGUUGGGGGUUCGAUUCCCCAGAA